GAAGCAGAGUGGGCCGGCCUCUGUAAUUGUGGGGAGGUGCUUUUCUUAAGGGGAGCCUUCUCCGUGAUUUCUAUUACCGGAGAUUCUGCUCCUUUUGUUUUCCUUGCAAGCUCCAAUUCCCUUUUAACUCCUUUCUCCAAUUUCAUCUUCGAUUUUCCCUCUGCCCUAACACCCCAGAAGGAAAAUCUUAGAUUCCUCCUCCCCUUUUAAUAGACCCCCCCCCCUCUCUAUACACCGGCGCUUUUCGAGAUUCAAUCCAAUUCCUUCCUCUGGUUGGGAGAUCUUCCAUAUUGUUUCCAGCGAAGACGACGGUCCGAGAAAAUGGCGGAAGAACAUCGAUGCCAAGCUCCAAGCCUGUGCGCUAACAACUGCGGCUUCUUUGGCAGCCCGGCCACGCAAAACCUAUGUUCCAAGUGCUAUCGAGAUUUGCAGCUCAACGAACAACAAUCCUCCUCCGCCAAGUUGGUUCUCAACCAAUCCCUUGCUCCCCCGUCUUCGACGACCUCGCAGUCGUCUUCUUUGCCGGAACAGAUCGCUGGAACUUCGUCCUCUGCGGCAUUUGAUCCCCCGCGCGCGGUCGAUGAUGUCAAGAGUGGAUCUUCGGCGCGGCCACCGGCUCAGCCGAGCCGAUGCGUGACUUGCAGGCGGCGCGUGGGGCUCACGGGAUUCAAGUGCAAGUGCGGAUCAACAUUCUGCGGAUCCCACCGGUACCCCGAACAGCACAGAUGUGAGUUCGACUUCAAGGGUAUGGGUAGGGAGCAGAUCGCGAAGGCGAAUCCGGUGGUUAAGGCCGAAAAGCUUGAGAAGAUCUGAGAAGUGGAAGGGGUGUUACGGUAACGUCGCGUGCGUGAGAAAGUUAUCCGGAUCCAACGCCCGGGUUGGUUUCCCGUCCGUCUGGUCGGUUUGCGUGUUACGGGUUAGGGUCAGUGAGCGUGGGUGGGUUCGUGAUCCUCAUCGUUAUCAUCAUCAUCGUGUAAAUGAAUUUAGUGAGCUUUUCUAUCGUCAAUCAAUGUCUGUGUUUGGGAAUUACUUCCAUUUUCAUUUGAAUGUUGUGGCCACGUGGACUUAAAAUGAAAGCAAUGUCGCAUUGGUAAGUGAUGUUUUCACCAGAAAAUAGAAAUAUUUGGGAUGGAAUAUUAUAAAAAAAAAUGAUCAUAAUUUUUUUUUAA